AUUGUCAAAAUCAAAUUCAUAAACGUCAAAUUAACGUCAACAAAGGAGCAUGGGAAGUGGUGGUCUUUCACGUGUUUUUGUUAUUUUAAAUUGAUUCGUUUAAUGAUAAAUAAGUGAAAAUGAAGCACAAAAGGUUUGAAGAGAACAUAUUAGUCGAUGAAGCUUACACAAAUUACGGGUUAGCUGACAAAAAUGCCGAUACAAAGAAAGGGCAAGGUAUUGCGAAGCAUUUCGCUGAAACCUUAGAAUAUGAGGAUAAAAAGAAGUGGUAUCAUCAGAUGCCUGAAGAGCCAUCAAUAUCAAAGACGUUAACACAGGAUCAGAUUGAGGAGAUGAGGAAGGAGGCAAGCAGUGCCCUCCAUGGGGACACCAUGGCCUAUGAGACAAAGGCGAGCAGAAGUGGUUCGUCAGAUCACCAAUGGGCUCGCACACUGCUCAACAAAGGUGCCAUCGGGGACAGAGUGGCAGCCGCUACUAUAUUGAUUCAGGACAACCCUAUCUAUAACUUGACGGCGUUACGAAACAUGAUCAACAAUGUCAAACCAGCCAAAAAGAAAGAUGGAAUCAUUAUCAUAGAUGCGCUAUCGGAGCUUUUAAUAUCAGAGUUAUUGAUUCCGGAUAUCAAACUGCGUACCUUCGAGCAGCACCCUCUUGGUCACGUGGAUGAGAUGACAUCAGGCAACAAGCAGGCUCGCCGGAAUAUAUUGAAGCUGUGGUACUUUGAGGAUCAGCUGAAGGAGUUGUAUGGGAGUUAUGUGGAAGCGUUGAACAAAUUCGCCCACGAUUCUGUGGAGGCAAAUAAAGAGAAGGCGGUCAGUGCCAUGUCUUACUUACUGAUGCAUCACCCGGAGAGGGAGAAGAUGCUGUUAACAAAUAUAAUAAACAAGUUGGGAGAUCCAUCACAAUCUGUCGCCUCCAAAGUGAUCUACCAUCUCUGCCAGCUCCUGUUUAACCAUCCCAAUAUGAAGGCUGUUGUGUUAGCUGAUAUUGAGAAGAUGUUGUUCAGGACGAACAUAUCCCCUCGCGCUCAGUACUACGGAGUGUGUUUCCUCAACCAGUUCUACCUAGGCAAGGACGACUCCAAGAUAGCUGAGAACCUCAUCAGAAUAUACUUUUCUUUCUUCAAGGCUUCUAUUAAAAAGGGUGAAAUAGACUCCCGGCUAAUGUCGGCCAUACUAACAGGAGUGAAGCGCGCAUAUCCGUUUGCGAACAAAGAGCGCAUGGCGGAGAGUGCAUCCCACGUGGACCACAUACACCGACUCGUGCACCUCGCGGGCAUCAACGUCGCUAUACACGCCUUGGCGCUGCUCUUCCACAUAUCCGAUGCGUCACAGAGCACUGCUGAUCGCUACUACACCGCCCUCUAUCGCAAGUUGACAAAUGCGGAAAUCUUCAACACGACGCAUUCGGCUCUUCUCUUCUCCCUCAUAUACAAGUCGUUGAAGCAGGACAAGAAUAUACCUAGAGUGACGUCAUUCAUCAAGCGGCUACUACAGUUGUGUUGUUACAUGACUCCUGCGCAGAGCUGUGGGAUGCUGUUCCUCAUUUCCCAAGUUCUGAAGGAUGGAGAGAAGAAGGAGGCUGUCAAACUUGUCUGGACUAAGAGGGAGAUUAAAGAGGAAAUAAAAGAAGAAGUACCAGAAAUAGAAGACAGUCAGGAUGAGAGCGCAGAAGACACAGUGACAGAAGUAAACACGACGCUAAAUGACACGGCAGAUGAUGAGGUCAAGGUGGAACAGAAGAAAGUGGACCUUUUAAGGGGAGACAAGAAAGAUCUGUUAGAUGACGAUGAAGAAGAAUCGUACGUGGACCUCAAAAUCGAUGACCAGGGGAACAUAAGGCCUAAGAAACGUAAGCACGGGUCUGUUAUCCACGGAUGGUAUCACGCCAAGGUCAAAUCAGAGGUCACAGAGGAGAAGAAAGAUGAGGAACAGGAGAAAGAUACAGCCAAGAUACAGCUUAAGAAGACUGUUAAUAUGGAUAAGGAAAUAACGGAGUACAACCCGUCGGCUCGUAACCCAUCAUUCGCGGGCGCUCACCGCUCCGCCUACCUGGAGCUGGUGACCCUGGCCAGGCAUUUCCAUCCCACUGUCAAGCUGUUCGCGGAGAAACUUCUGCAAGAACAAAUAAUCCAAUACAGUGGAGAUCCGCUCAAGGAUUUCGCGGGAAUAAGGUUUUUGGACCGCUUCGUGUUCAAAAACCCGAAGAAGCGAGCCGACACACAGCAAGACGAUGGAAUCAAGAAAGUUAAAGGAUCCCAUCCUAAGUUUGCCAUCAGGAAGAAUUAUACUGCUAAAGGUCUUAAAAGUAUACCUGUGAACUCUGCGUCAUAUCUCAAUGAGGAUGCCAGCAAAGUGCCCGUCGACGAGCGGUUCCUAUACGAUUUUCUACAAAAACGUCGCAAUGCUGCGGAUGAUUCGGAUGACGAUGACAGUGAUGCUGACUCCGUGAACAGCGAGGACUUCGAGCAGUACCUUGACAGCGUCACUGGAGCUAAGGCUUUAGCCGAAUCAGAUGACGAGCUGGACUACCUAGCAGACAUGGCCGCUACUAAACAGAAGCGUGGCAACAAGAAGCUGGACGAUGAUGAUGAUAACCAGCUCGGCAGUGAUGAUGAUGAUGAUGAAGGUGAUGAAGCGCCUGCAGGCGACGAUGAUGGUGAUGAAGAGGAUGGAGAUAGCGAUGGAGAAUUGAAUAUCUCAGGAGAUGAGGACGAACCAGCGCUUUCUGGAGAAGAAGACGAACUGCUACUUGAAGACAGUGACGAUGACGAUGACAAAAUAGAUGUUCCUGGCACAAAGUCGAAGAAAGGAAAAGGCAAACUAAAACUAAAAGGUGGAGACGAUCUUGGUUCUCUAUUCGCUUCAGCAGAAGAAUUCUCAACAUUAUUAGAAGAGACAGCUACUAACAAAAAACAAGGGUCAAGCCAAGCCGUAGCUAACACAGACAAUGCAAGCUCAAAACAAUUAGCCUGGGAAGACAAUAGAGACCGAUGGAUUAAGGGCUACAACAGAAAAAUACUAGGAAACAAAUCAAAUAGCAAAAAAUUCAAAAAUAAAAAGGGUAACUUCAACAAAUCAGAUAAUAAAAGCAAACCCAACAAAAAAGGUUUUAACAAAAUGGCGGAUAAAGGCGGGAAGAGAAAAGGCGCGAAAGUCAACGGUCCCGGAGGCAAAAAGAAGAAAAUGAAAUAAAAGAUUUGCUUGUAAAUUAAAUAAAUUGUUGCCUAAAUUUCUUGUUGUCUUCUUGUUUGUAAUAAAUAUUUCUACUUUAGAAA